AUGGACCCCAGAACCCUCCGCCCUGCCAUCCCAGUUGUCGCUGUCGCGAAACCACCUCAUCCUCUUAGAACACGCGAGAAUCCCAAUACCGCGCCUGCGUUGGACCGCCGUUGUACUCGCCAGGGAUUCCUACGCCGCAACAAUCCCGCGUUGGCUGACAUCGUUAGCUCCCCGUCUGUCGUAAACCCGGCCUACCUAGCAUCAUUCCCCGCCUUCCCAUAUAUUCGUGACUCGUACGCGAAAACGCUGUGUAGCGAAGAGCCGGCUCGUCAUUGCGUCGCGGGUAUGCGUCUUGGACAAUGUUCGUCGGCCCUGGAUGCGCGCGUGAGUCGGUGA